CCUCAAAAGAAAAGAGAGAGUAUCAAGGAAGUGGUUGGAGAUUCGUGUGCACCGUGGUAAAGUUUGGGAUCAGUAGGCUACAAUAAUGUGUGACGAAUGUUUAAAAAAAAUGCAUUUUAAAAAUUUUCCAGCCUUGAUAAUUUAAGAAAGGAGUGGUAGAUGGCAACACCACUGACUCCAGUUACAAACCUCCGGCCAGGGGAAGCAACUCACAGCAAACCUCCAGCCAGUAUGGAGAAGUCCUCCAAUGUCCACCCCAGUCAUCUACCGAGAUCCAGAAUGAAGCCCAGGAGGGAGAGCGAGAGGGGAUCCACAGUGCCUCCCAGAGGUAACCGGCAAAGGUCAUCAAAGGCAGGCCGGCUCUCUGAAGCAUCAUCAGCGAGGAAAGAGAGGCUACAGAAGGACAAACCAGGGACGAAUGAGGUGAAGGUGGAGCAGGAGACAGAAGUGAAGUUGAAGUCUACUGUGGUGGAUAUAGACAGAGUGAGAGAUGACGAGGUCAAGGAGGAGAACCCGGGGUUCUUGGAAGCAGCGGAGCAGGAAGAAGGUUUGAAGCACAAGAACCUGGGAGUGUUUGAGUGGCUGCUGAUGGUCUUUGUCUUGGCUCUGGUUCUCCUCUUCCUCCCUCUGUCCAUCUGGUUCUGUUUCAAAGUAGUAAGGGAGCAUGAGAGAGCUGUGAUCUUCAGAUUGGGUCACCUGCUGCGUGGAAGACCCAGAGGUCCAGGCCUUCUCUUCUACCUCCCACUCCUUGAUGUGUGUCACAAGGUUGAUAUCCGACUGAAAAUGCUUAAGGUUCCUCCUCACACGGUGGUGACAAAGGACUUGGUAAGGCCAGAGCUGGGCGCAGUGUGUUAUUACCAGAUAGAGAACGUGGCUCUGUGCAGCACAGCUCUGUCCAGUCUGACCACAGUGUUGCAGACUCUGGUCCAGGCAGCGGUCAGAGAUGUUUUCGCCCAACACACAUUCAGCCACAUCCUGCUGCACAGGAGGAGGGUCGGCCAGCAGAUACAAGCAGCUGUUGACUCCGUUGCUUGUCGCUGGGGAAUCCGGGUGGAGAGAGCAGACAUAGACGAGCUCAGUUUUCCUGUGGAGUUACAGCAGAGUCUGGCUGCCGAGGCUGAGCUCAAGAGACAACAGCAGGCUAGGGUAAAAGCAGCAGAAGGAGAGACAACUGCCUGGGAAGGGUUCAGGGCCUCCUUCCGUCACCUCCAUCCUGCCCUGGUCCUUCCAAUCCCCCCAGAUCUCCUCAGUCUGACCUCUGACCACUCAUCUCUACCUCCACCUCCUCCUCCUGCUGUGGAAGAAGCAGAAGGAAUGACAGAGGAGGAGCCAGAAACAGACUCGCCAAUGAUGUGACAGACUGUCAACAGAUAAAAUGUUAACUAUUAUAAUUAUUAUUUUUAAACAAGAUUUUGAUCAUAUGUUAAAGACAACAUACCUCAAGCCAUUUGAGCACUGUUUAAGAUAUGAGUUUAUCUUUUUUUUUUCUUCAAGCAAACUCAGUGUUUGAAAUUUGGCUGGUUUAAACUGAGCUUUGCACCAAAUUCCCUCAAAGCAUUACUGAGAUAUCGCAUUCACAAGGAUAUGACGUUUUUAUAUAUGCAGUCAACCCGAAAACACAAUGCCUCUGGACCUGGCUGUCGCCAGCAUGGAGACAUAAAAAUAAUGUUCAGUCCUCAUAUAUAUAGAACAUAUAUAAUCACUUUGUGAAGCUCUUUCAAUUUUUUGGGGAUAGUGCC